AUGUCACGCGCCUCGGCCGGCUUCGCAGACUUCUUCCCAACGGCUCCUUCGGUUCUGCAACGUAAGCGCGUCAAGGGAGGACAUGACCGGCGAGACAGAAAUGUGGAUGGCGACCCUACCGACACGACCGCUUUACCGGCGCUCGCCGCAUCCUCUAUAUCCACAUCCACCUCUUCGGCCGCUCCGGCCGCUACGACUUCGUCGGAACCUGCUAAGGAGGAAGUGAAUGUUCAAACAGAUUCAGAGCCAAGCGCGACCAACUCCGAACAUGCAUUGUCUCAGGAAUCUCACCUCGCGGGUCUUCUCCCGGCCUCGGCGACCACCCAUCCCCACAUUGAUACCUUGACACCCCUCACAAAUGCAGAAUCAUCCCCGCCUCGGAAAGCCAUUAGCCCGCAGUCGAAAACGGCAGCAGAAAUAUCGCCAGACUAUCAUGGCGAUCGCUCAUUGGAACCCUCCAAAUCGUCCAUGACCCCAAUUCACACCCCGCCCACUCCGCAAUCACAAACUCGCCAAGAUCAUGUGGUCAAAGUAUCCAAAGCAAUUUACGACCCGGACCUAGAUAAACGGGGCUCGAAGGAGCGAAAAAGGAAACCUGAAUAUUCCGAUAUCCUCGUCAAUGGCCAAGCCAGACCCCCAGACCCGCGCCUCGCCAUCGCCAACUACACCCGUGGCUCAGGCUGCAAGCAAAAAUCCAAAUACCGUCCAGCCCCUUACUACCUCAAACCUUGGCCGUAUGAUUCAUCAACAAGCAUUGGACCGGGUCCGCCGAUCCAGGUCGUUGUCACUGGCUUCGAUCCCCUCACACCAGUCGCUCCGAUCAGUGCGCUCUUCUCCAGCUUCGGUGAUAUAGCGGAGAUGAAGAACCGGACAGAUCCAAUCACGGGCCGAUUUCUCGGGAUUUGUUCCAUCAAAUAUAAAGAUACGACUUCUUUUCGUGGGGCAGGACCAGUCUCAGCCUCGAGUUCCGCAAGGCGGGCAUAUUUCGAAUGCAAGAAGGAACAACGGAUUGGCACUAGGAGGAUCCGCGUUGAACUAGAUCGCGAUGGGAUUGUCUCCGAGCGCAUGGCUUCGAAAACCAUCGAGUCGCAGAGGCUAGCUUCCAGAAGCACAUCAGCAGCAGUGGAUGCCAAGGUCGAAUCCCAGGCGAAAAAGAACGAACCGCCACCUACCGCGCCAAAGGGUCCUUCGGGAAAGUCUUCCCUGCGUCCUGGACUUGUUGUGCCAGAAGGACCAAGAGCCACUGUUCGAUCUCCAGUGGUACAGCAAUCGCUCAUCGAAGAUACCCCGGUCUUGAGUCAACUUAAACGGGAACCCUACAUCUUCAUCGCUCACUGCUAUGUUCCUGUCCUCGGAACCACGAUUCCACACCUUAAGAAACGUCUCAAAUUCUUCGACUACAAAGUGAUCCGCUGUGACAAAACUGGCUAUUACAUUAUUUUCGACAAUUCACGGAGAGGUGAGGAAGAAGCAUCACGCUGCUUCCGGCUGUGUCAUAUGCAGCCACUCUUCACCUACAUUAUGAACAUGGAAAGUCGAGUUUUGGGCAACCCUAACUACGUGCGCAGCCCAAGCCCCGAGCGACUCCGGGCCGAGCAAAAGGCCAAGGCCAAACAAGACCGGGCCCGAAAAGAGGCCGAGUUGGAUAUUGAAGAAGAGAAAAAGCAGCGUGCAUUCGACUUGGACCCCUGUCGAGAAGUCCUUUCCAUUAUCAUCCGUGAUCUGAGAGACAAAUUGCUCGAAGAUGUCAAAUCACGGAUCGCUGCACCAACAUUGUACGAUUAUCUUGAUCCAGAAAAGCAUGCUUCAAGGCGAGAGAAGCUGGGAAUCUCAGGGCCCGAAGGUACCAAACGUCCCAUGUUCCGGAUAGGGGCUGGUGAUACUACGCUUGGUGGCCAGGACUCUGGGUCUGAAAUUUCAAAGUCGCGAGAUCAACAUCGAUCAUCUGGAAUUAACGUCCUUGAUCUUCCGCGCAUUCGCAAAUCCCAUGGCCUGGACCGGGCGGGGACUGCCUUUGUGGAUGAGCGAAGGCGACAGCCUCUACGAAAGAGAGAAAUCCGCCCCCUUUAUCAUCGUCUACAACAAUUGCAUGAUGAUGAGGAUUCCGAUGAUGAUCAGCGCACGCCUCUCACUGGAUAUACGGAGGAGAGGAAAGAGGAAUACCAAUCCGAUGCUUCAAAAAAUGUUGCCCCUACGGAAGAUACUUCUCUUCCUGAUGUCGAGACGCUCUCACCUGGACGCAAAAGGAAGCGAUUGACUGACGAACCCGAUGUGAGAAAGCGCCAAAGACAAGAUGACGAGCUGUUCGGUAUGGAGUCAGCGGAUGAUGCGCUUCCCGGCAAACAUCUCGAGGCUGCCCCGUCCAUCGAUUCCUCACUUGCUCGGGAUGAGGCUGCGUCAUUUGAUUCCCGUGACCAAUUGCCACAGGAUGAGCUUGCCGACCGGGCGUCUGUUAAGGACAUUUUGCUUGAUGACGUGUCCGUGGAAGAAGCCACAGCUAUCGAUAUACCAAAGGCGGAGGUGCAGUGGGGAGUAUCCCAAGAUGAGCCACGCGCCACCGUUGAAGAUGACGAGACAAUCAUCUUAGAUUUGGAUGGCUGGCAGCACCUGGUGAAAGACGACGAAGAUCUCCGUUUCCUCCGACAGAUCCUACUCGACCAAACCGCAUCCCAGAUCGAAAGUCUGGCAGCAUGGGCCUGGCGACAGAAGGAGAUCAAGGCCCUCAACCACCUCGGCGCAAGCGGUCCGAUACACAGUUCGAUCGGCAUUGCGGGAUACUACGUGCCUAACAGCACAGGCGCCGCCAGAACCGAAGGACGGAAAAGAAUUCUCAACUCGGAGAAAUCAAAAUACCUCCCCCACCGCAUCAAGGUCCAAAAAGCUCGCGAAGAACGCGAAGCAAUGGCCAAAGCCGAUGCCAAAGCCGAUCCCCAAGCCGCCGCGGCCGAAGCUGCCAGGAUCGCGGCAGCAAAGACGAUUUCCAAAUCGACUUCACGAUCAACCCGAGUCAACAAUCGCCGACUCAUUGCCGAUAUCAAUGCCCAGAAGCAGGCGCUUCCCACGUCGAGUGGUGAAGGCGACGUUCUUCGCUUCAACCAGCUUAAGAAACGGAAGAAGCCUGUUCGAUUCGCGCGCUCUGCUAUUCAUAACUGGGGACUUUACGCGGAGGAGAAUAUCACGGCAAACGAUAUGAUUAUCGAGUAUGUUGGUGAAAAGGUUCGACAGCAGGUUGCCGAUAUGAGAGAACGACGAUAUCUCAAAAGUGGAAUUGGUAGCAGUUAUCUGUUCCGAAUUGAUGAGAAUACGGUGAUUGAUGCUACGAAGCGAGGUGGAAUUGCGCGAUUCAUCAAUCAUAGCUGCACGCCCAAUUGUACCGCCAAGAUUAUCAAGGUCGAUGGCAGUAAACGUAUUGUGAUUUACGCGCUCAGGGACAUCGAGAGAGAUGAGGAGCUCACAUACGAUUACAAGUUCGAAAGGGAGUGGGGUAGUGAUGAUCGUAUCCCGUGUUUAUGUGGUUCAACUGGCUGCAAAGGAUUCCUCAACUAG